AUGUUCAUGGUGGACGAGUACGUGAACGCGAGCAUGGUGCAGUACCGCGACGCGCUGGACGUCAUCGAGGAGUUCAAGAAAGAGAUGUCCGAGAUGAAGGGUAAGUGCAUCGACGUCGGCUGUGGCCCUGGGAACGUGACGAAGAACCUGAUUCUGCCGAAACUGUCGCCGGAAGCUGAGCUAGUCGGGGUGGACAUAUCGAGACCGAUGAUCGAUCACGCGAGACAGAAAUACCUCGACGAGAAACGCCUGUCGUUCUUGCAGCUGGACAUCGAGGCCUCGGCCCUGCCUAGCAAAGAAUUGGCCCGGUAUAGCAACGUACUGUCCUUCUACUGUCUCCACUGGUGCCAGAACUCUCGGAGAGCCUUCGAGAACGUUUACAAGCUGCUGCGACCCGGAGGAAAGGCGCUGGUUAUGUUCCUCGCGUGGAACGACGGUUUCGACGCCUAUGUCAGGGUCCACGAGAACCCCCGGUACAAAGCGUACAUGGAGGACGCCGAUCAGUUCGUGCCGUUCUUCCAGCGAUGCAAGGACUCCCGGGCGGCCUUGAGGAAGAUGCUGGACGACAUAGGCUUCGAGAUCCUACACUGCAGCAGGAGGGAAAAGAGCUUCGUUUACCAGAACAUGGAAGCACUGAAAAGUCAUAUAAUUGCGGUUAAUCCCUUCAUCUCGCGGAUCCCUGAUCACCUCAAAGAGGAGUUCGAGGACGUGGUAGUGCGCGAAGUAGCGAGUCGGAAGAUCUUGUUUCCUAACAAGAACGACAACGGUCAGCAAGAAUACAGUAUCUUGGAUAGAUAUCACAUUCUCGUGGCGUACGUGAAGAAGCCUUCCGGUACGUGCUGA